AUGUGCAUUAAAGGCGAUGAAAAAACCGAAGUGCAGGAGAAACCGCAGAAGACGGUUGAUAAGCUCGUCAAAGUAAGUUUCAAGUUUUGCAGCAAUGUCUACCUUUUAUUUUUUACUCUUAUUACGUUCAGGACUUUAGAGAACCUGUCAAUUAACAUUAAAAUUCAGGGUCGUUCACCACUGUGGAUUCGAAUUAUAAUCUUUAUUAUCCAAGUUUGGUUUUUCAUUUAUGAUUAUAUUAACUAUAUACCUUUUGAACUUUUUUCGCCGCCGAUGGAGAAGUUGAGGAAAAGUGCUCGCGUUAAGGCUCGCUCUCUGAAGGGUCCAGGCGGACCGUGGAGGCAUGUAACUGGCAUCCGGAACGAAACAUACCCUGGAAAGAAUACCAUCGACAAGCUGUUUGCCCAUGUUACUUCGUUGUAUCAUAAUCGACCGAUGCUGGGAACUAGAGAAAUCUUGUCGAUUCAUGAAGAAACGCAACCUGACGGACGAAUUUUCGAAAAAUGGGGAAUGGGUGUUUAUAGUUGGCAAACCUAUGGAGAAGUUCAUCGUAGGGUCGGAUAUUUGGCUGCUGGUCUGAGGGAACUGGCUGAUAAGGAUGCUAAAUUACUCAUUUUUGCCGAAACUAGAGCAGAUUGGUUGAUUACUGCAUUUGCUUGCUUUAGAGCCAAUAUAGUUGUCGUUACGGCGUAUGCUACUCUUGGAGAAGAGGCGAUAAUAGGUGCUAUUAAUGAAACUGAAGCUACUAUGGUUGUCACUUCAGCAGAAAUAUUACCGAAAUUUACAAAAGCUGUUGACAGGUGCCCUGCUGUAAAAACCAUGAUCUAUUUUCCAGUUCGCCACAAAUCUACAAGACUGUGCGAUUUGACAAUAUUUGAGUCCAGAUUACAGCAUGUGUUAUCAUUUGAAAAACUUGAAAAUAUGUGCGCAUUUCCUUUGGAAACGUCUACAGCCACACCAGACGAUUUAGCUUUAAUUAUGUACACUAGUGGGACAACUGGAGUCCCAAAAGGAGUGAUGAUGACAAAUCAAAAUAUUGUGGCUGCUUUGGCUGGAAUAGGACCCGGAGUGGAAGUCGUCACGGAAAAGGACACGAUGAUUUCGUUCCUGCCAUUAGCACAUAUUUUUGAGCUACUGACAGAAAUGAUUUGCUUGGUUCACGGGACACGUUUAGGAUAUUCGAGCACUCUUACUUUUCAUGAUCGUGGUACUAAAGUUCUGCCGGGCACUCGUGGUGAUUGUUAUGCGUUGAACCCGACCUUGAUGGCUGGAGUUCCGGUUAUAUGGGAUAGGAUAUUUAAAGCUGUUAGUGAAGAGAUUUCGCAAACUCCUCGAUUUAUUCAAGAAUUGUUCAAACUAAAUUACGAGAGAAAGAGAGCUCGUUUUGAAAGCGGAUACUCUAGUCCUUUUCUGGAUCGAAUUGUUUUCAAAAAGAUUCGAAAGUUACUUGGAGGCAAAAUAAAAGCUGUAAUUAGCGGUGGAGCAACUUUAAAUGCUGAAACACAUAGAUUUCUAAACAUCUGCAUAUGCCCAACAGUUCUUCAAGGAUAUGGAUUAACAGAAAUUUGUGCUGCUGGGGCAAUUUCUGAUCAAUAUGAUUUAAGUACCGGUACUGUUGGGCCUCCACUACGAUGUUCACAGUUUAUUUUAGAGAAGUGGGAAGAAGGAGGUUACAGUCCUGAAAAUAACCCGCCACAGGGUGAAAUUCUGAUUGGCGGCAACAGUGUGUCGAUAGGGUAUUGGAAACAGCCGGAAAAAACGGCUGAAAGUUUUGUGGUCAUUGAUGGUGUUCGUUACUUCAGAACCGGUGAUAUUGGUCAGAUGAGGGAUGACGGUUCACUGAUGAUUAUAGAUCGUAAAAAAGACCUUGUGAAGUUACGAGAUGGUGAGUACAUUGCAUUGGCAAAGGUAGAAGUGGCUUUGUCAACAUCUUCACUGAUUGAUAUGAUCUGCGUUUACGGUGAUUCUCUGGAAUUGUAUUUAGUUGCUCUGAUUGUUCCUAAUAAACAGCAUUUGGAAAAGCUGGCAAAUGAGAUUGGGGAAUCCACUGGGGCUUGGAGCGAAUUAUGCAGCAACAAACAAGUAAUCGAUGAAUUUAAAGCUCGCCUUGAUCAACACGCACUGAAGAAUCGUUUGAUGAAAAAAGAGGUUCCACGAAAAAUACAUUUAUGCGAUGAGAUUUGGACACCAGAAAGUGGACUUUUGACAGAAGCUAUGAAGAUUAAACGUAUUCCUGUCUUAAAGAAAUAUUGCAAAGUUAUCGACCAGCUUUACGAGCGCUCACCAGGAAUGCAGCGAUAA